AUGGAAGAUAUUGCACAACAUCUCAAUCGAAUACGUAAUCUGCGAGUGUUCCAUUUGCGUUUGGUGUGUGCCAUUUUCAAUUCGGAUGCAAUCCCACCUGCCAAGAACAACAAUUUGGAGCAAUUUAACUAUUGUUUACGGCAAGCGAAACAUCCAAGCCUUACGGAAUGUGUGGGUCGCACGGCUAUAAAUUUCCUGCAACGCUUCGAUGAAAAGGAAAAUGUCACAAUUUUGAAUGAUGUUGUCUCUGCGAAGGAUGACAAAAUUGCGGCACGGUCUUUGGUGAAUAUAUUGGACACAGAUCCUGUGGAUUUUAGAGGAAUUUUAGAAAAUGCUGGUGCUGUACUUGGUCAACGCAGCCUCGAAUGGCAUAUGGAUGGAUUAUACCCGGGACUUAUGUUUAAAAUUGGACCCACGGCAGAUGCAAAUAGUUUAGCUGAAUUUGUGCUGGACACAGCAGUUGAUGAAAGACAAUUCGGUUAUGAGGAACCAAGCACGGCACGUCUAUUAACCAAACAGUAUUUACUGCCAUUUCUGCUUGGCUUGAAGUUCAAUGUGAUAGCUUUGGUGCCUCUACUCUUCGCUGUCAUUUGUCUACUGCUGAAGAAAUCGCUUUUCUUCGCAAAGUUGGCAAUUUAUGUGAGCAGCUUUUUAGGUGUUGGCGGUGCAUUGGGUGCUUUGGGAAAUUUUGGUGGAUUCAGUGGAUUUGGUAGCUUUUUUGGACCACCAGUUGUUCACGGUCAUGGUCAUGCACAUGCACAUGCACAUGCAGCUGCGCAUGGUCUCAGUGGUGGUUAUUUUCCAGGCAAGUCAACUGUUUACAAUCAAUACGAUGUUGAUGAAUAUCAUCAUAACUCACCAUACAAACGACAGGACCGUAAAGUGAAUUUUGAUAAGCCACGAGAGAAUAUAGCACGUACAACAUCAGCAAGCGUCACAGUUCCAGAUCAUUUCUAUGAUUAUGAAAAGCAAGUGUUAAUGCAGGACAGGAGUGGCAAAGUACGCAGUAAUACGAAUGGAAAACUAGGGCCCAGUGCAUAUGAGGAUGAGGGAGAAACACAACAGCAUAACUUCAAGACAACAGAGCGCUUGGGCUGGAAGGUAGUUGAUAUGAGAGUCUAA